AUGGCCAACGUAGAUGUUCCGAAUACCCAAAAGGCCUUCGUGCCUCUCGAAAACAACCCGGAGGUGAUGUCACACUUAGUGCAUCAACUCGGCCUAUCCCCAGGCUUUGGCUUCACAGACGUAUUCUCAAUCGACGAACCCGAGCUCUUAGCCUUUGUGCCACGUCCAUCUCACGCCCUCCUCCUCGUCUUCCCCGUCUCCCAAACAUACGAGGCAUCCCGUGAAGCUGAAGAUGCCACCAAGGACUCCUACACAGGCUCCGGUCCCAAUGAGCCAGUCAUGUGGUUCAAGCAGACGAUCCGUAAUGCAUGUGGCUUGAUUGGACUCUUACAUGCCGUGUCGAAUGGCGAGUCACGCCAGCACAUCACCCCGGGCUCGGAUCUGGAUGGUUUGCUGAAGGAAGCCGAGGGCCUGGAGCCAAUCCAGCGUGCCGAUCUGUUGUAUGACAGCAAGGCACUUGAGAGUGCACAUGCCGAUGCCGCGAAGCUGGGAGAUACUGCUGCGCCGCAGGCGGAGGACAGUGUUGAUCUGCAUUUCGUGGCCUUUGUUCGCGGCGUGGAUGGUACACUUUGGGAGCUGGAUGGUCGACGAAAGGGACCUUUGGCUAGAGGCGUUCUGAAGGAGGGAGAUGACGCCCUUAGUGAGGCUGCGCUUGAUCUUGGCGUGCGGAGAUUCCUGAAGACCGAGGCACAGGGUGGAAACCCCGACCUGCGGUUCAGUUUGGUUAGCCUUGGUCCUCUGUUUGAUUGA